GGCUAGAGCUCCAGAGUGAAAUUGGUUUCUACAACCUUAUAACGAAUUUAUGUCGUUCGAAACGAAGUAUUUUAUUGGAAAGUUCUCGAAUGAGCGUGAAUUUAGUACAACUUUUGAAAUAACAAACAUUCGAAUAGAAAAUCUGUAAUAAAAACUGAUAUGGAAGAAAAGGGUACAAAUGACCAGCCGGCAAAAUACUACCGGUUGUCAGAAGUGGAGGAACAAAAUACAUUCAAGAGCACCUGGAUUAUUAUCAACCACAACAUUUACGAUGUCACGAAAUUUCUGGAGGAGCACCCCGGCGGGGAGGAGGUGCUUCGUGAGCAGGCUGGAGGUGAUGCAACGGAGAGUUUUGAGGAUGUGGGGCACUCCACAGAUGCCAGGGAAAUGGCCAAGAGCUUCCUAAUCGGAGAGCUGCACCCAGAUGACCGGCAAAAAAUCGCAAAACCUGCACUGGUGGACAAACUGGGUGAUCCCGGGCCUCGCCGCAGCUAUUGUCACAGUGAUGUAUCGCCUGUACACCUCAGAGGAGUGACAUCGCCCACAUCAGAUAGCUUCAGCAGUGCCACUACUUUGCCUUGAAAGUUGAAAUGUCAUCACUGCCUUGUGGCAUCACAUCAUUCAUUUGCAGUUCAAUUCUCAGUUUAUCCAUAAUCAUUCAGCAAGGUGUAAAAUUGAGUCAAUUAAGGCAUUUUAUUCCAUUUGCUGUCAUUGUUAUGUGGUUUCUUUCUGAAGAGGUUUAAAUAAUGAUGUAUGAAAUACAUAUUUGAUUUAGCCUUCUAAGGCUUCUUGCUUGUUUUCAUACUUGUAAUUAAUGUGUAAACUGAUAAUGCGUCAUCUGGAUUGUGAUGGCCAGAUAUGGACAGAUAUGCAAUGUAACCAUUCCAUAGUGAAGGGCUGGAGCCUGAAUGACCCCUAUUGCACAGCAGUUUGUCCCUUUACUCACUUUACCUUGAGACCAAGCUUGCUUAUUUUACUGCUCAACUUUACUGUAGAACAAAACUUAACAUUCAUUGCUGGGCAUAUAACCACAUCCACUACCAUAAGGUUACAUCACCCUCUAGUGGGUUCUUUCAGCUUGGAACAGUUUUUUGUUUUUUUUUUUUGGCCUGGCAAGCUCAUAUUGUCUCUUGUCCCAUGCACAUUUACCUCCAUUAUAGUCACAUAUGGAAAUGCAGUUAUCCAUAAAUAAAGGAUGCAUGGUAAAUAAAGGAUGUGCUGUAUAUCUCUCUUUAAAUGUAUAAAAGUUCAUGGCAUUAUCCCGCCAGAAGAAUGUUGAAGAGCACAAUUGUAUGGAUGUUUAUAUCAGGGGUUUUUGCUUCCCAGUCUCACAAAAAGAGAGGAGCCCUUGUAAGAAACAGUGCAAACUGGGAAUCACACUGUUCCCAUCAUAAUACUUUGUUACAUUUGGCUGCUAACCAGUGGGAAUUUCUUGAGGUAUUUCCCCAAUAAAUGAACCACCGUUAGUGACCAUUGGACCAUACAAGUGAUAAUGGCUCAAACAGAAGGCCCUGCUGUUCGAUGGGUUGCCUCGUUCUAGUCCCAGCUCCAACACUACUUGAAACUUUGAAUGAAGACAGUAAGGAUGCAUUUGCAACUGACCUUAGUUCAGUUC